GGGAUGGUGCCGGUGCUGCCGGGGCUCUACGUGGGCGGCGCGGAGUCGUGCUCGUCCCCGGAGUCUCUGGCGGCGGCGGGGGUGGUGGCGGUGCUGACGGUGGACGCGGAGGAGCCGCCGGCGGUGCCGGGGGUGCGGGCCCUCUACGUCCGGGCGCGGGACGAGCCCGGCGCCGACCUGCUGAGCCGCCUGGACGACUGCGCCGCCUUCAUCGGCGCGGCGCGGGCGGGCGGCGGCGCCGUCCUUGUCCGCUGCCAGGCCGGGGUGAGCCGCAGCGUGGCCGUGGUGACCGCCUACCUCAUGAAGACCCGGGGACUGCGCUGCGAGGAGGCCUACGCCGCCGUCAGGGCCGCCAAACCCGACGCCGAGGUGAACCCGGGUUUCCAGGGGCAGCUGAAGCUCUACGAGGCCAUGGGCUGCGCCGUGGACAGCAGCAGCGCCCUCUACAAGCGGUACCGGCUGCAGAUGCUCACGGAGAGGUACCCCGAGCUUCAAGACUUGCCCCGAGAAGUCUUUGCUGUUGAUCCAACUGAUGUACAUCAAACUCCGAACACAGAGGUUCUCUACAGGUGCAGGAAAUGCAGGCGCGCUCUGUUCCGUAGUUCCAGCGUUUUGUCCCACGCGGAAGGAAGCGGAGCAACAGCCUUUGCCCGCAAGAGGAUAACGGACUCCGCUCAGCUUUGCGGCGAUGGCCGUGAAAAGUGUACCUCCUACUUCACCGAGCCCGUGCAGUGGAUGGAGCCAGCGCUGCUCGGAGUAAUGGAAGGACAGCUUCUGUGUCCCAAAUGCAAGUGGAAGCUGGGCUCCUUCAGCUGGCGGGGGGAGCAGUGUUCCUGCGGCCGCUGGGUGACGCCUGCCUUCCAGAUCCACAAAAGCCGAGUGGAUGAAGCCAGGAUGCUGCCAGCUGGUGACUUCCAAGCCACCAAAACCUGAACCUGUCCCUUCCCUCGCUGGGUUUCUUAACGUCCACAGAGAACUGCUGGCUAGUCGGUGGUUGCCAGGAGCGAGCUUAGGACUUCCACCCCUUUGUAACACGGUGGAAUUACUUGAUUCGAGCUUGCUGUAUCUCCAAUAUAUAUAAAAUAGCAAAUGCUUCCUUCAAAGAGGGUUAUACAGCGGUCAAAUAUGUACAAAAGUGCCCAAAUGUGAGGUUUUCAGUAUAUUCUCACUUCAUCCAUUGGUAUUUACAGAAGGUGUCAACUCCUUAUUGAAAAGGAAUGCUAACACGUUACUUUCGGGCUGUGGCCAGCAGCGCUGCUUACCUUCCGCUCCAGGCCUUCAAAUAUUUUAAGGCUUACCAAAGUUCCAUAAAAUGGUACAAUCACAAUUGUUGCAUUAGCAUGCGUGGCAGCUAAAGGCAAGUUCAUGCUUAUACUUGUAUUACAAUAAAAGUAGUCCUAAAAAAUCUCUACCCCAAGAAUAUCGACUACACUGUAACUCUUCUGUUCACAUAGUACCUGAGGAGAUGAUGCAAGCUGUACUGGAAUGGGAGAACGGAGGUAAAGUGUUCCUGCCACACUGCUGCUUACAAGUUUAAAGGGAGCCCUAAAAUGAAGUAAGAUUUUAAGGAAGCACAGCAUGCUGCAUUUGGUUUGACAGA